AUGGCACCGUCUUUCCUCACUGUUCACUUUGAAAGCCAAGAUGCAACUUCUGAAGAGGGCAAAAAGGCGGGUGCCCGUCGCUCGUUAGUCGGGCUCGACUACUCGCCUUUGCCUCGCAUCACCGGGAGGUCUCUGCUGCUGGCCUUGUUUGUUUCCAUGGGUGGACUCUUGUUCGGUUAUGAUACUGGUCAGAUCUCUGGCUUCCUUGAGAUGCCUGAUUUCCUUGAUCGCUUCGGCCAGACGAAUAGCAAAGGCGAGCAUGUCUUUAGUACCGUUCGUUCCGGCCUCAUUGUUGCCCUUCUUUCAAUCGGCACGCUCAUUGGUGCCUUGAUUGCUGCCCCGAUUGCGGAUCGCAUUGGUCGCAAGUAUAGCAUCUCUUUCUGGAGCCUCAUUAUCAGCGUCGGCUUCAUUAUCCAGAUUUCUUCAAAUCGUGAUUGGGUUCAAAUCAUGAUGGGAAGAUUUGUCGCUGGUCUUGGUGUGGGUGCUCUCUCACUGCUGGUUCCCAUGUUCCAAGCUGAAAGCGCCCCUCCUUGGAUCCGUGGUGCCAUGGUUUGCACGUACCAAUUGUUCAUCACAUUUGGCAUUUUCUUGGCUGCCUGCUUCAAUUACGGCACGGUUACCCAUCAAAGAAACAGCUCUGCUUCGUGGAGGAUCGUCAUUGGCAUCGGUUGGGUCUUCACCUUGACACUUGGCCUCGGAAUCUUACUAUUCCCCGAGACUCCUCGAUUUGAUUACAGACGUGGCCAUGUCGACCGCGCUCGUGAGACCCUCUGCAGGAUCUACGGCGCCACACCAAAUCAUUGGUCCAUUCACACUCAAAUGGAGGAGAUUGAGUCCAAGUUACAGGCUGAAAAGGCAAUCAAGGAAAAGACCAACCCCGUCUCUGAGUUUAUUGCCAUGUUCAAAGCGCCGCGAAUGGCCUACCGUAUCUUUAUCGGUGUCUCGCUUCAAAUGUUCCAACAACUCACCGGAGCCAACUACUUUUUCUACUACGGCACCACCAUCUUCCAAUCUGUCAGCAUCAGCAGCUAUAAGACUCAGAUCAUUCUCAACACCAUCAACUUUCUUGUCACCUUCAUCGGUCUAUACCUGGUGGAGCACUACGGUCGCCGCAAAUCUCUGAUUGCUGGCAGCAUCUGGAUGUUCAUCUCAUUCCUCAUCUUUGCCUCGGUUGGUCACUUUGCCCUGGAUCGAACGACGCCGCAGAAUACACAAAGUGCAGGAAUUGCCAUGAUUGUUAUGGCUUGCCUCUUUAUCCUUGGGUUCGCAACCACCUGGGGACCCAUGAUUUGGACUAUCAUGGCCGAGAUUUUCCCCUCCCGCUACCGUGCAAAGGGAAUGGCCUUGUCGACUGCCAGUAACUGGCUUUGGAAUUUUCUUCUGGCCUUCUUCACCCCAUUCAUUACGAAGGAUAUCGAUUUCCGUUACGGUUACGUCUUUGCAGGCUGCAACAUUCUUGGUGGCUUGUUGGUCUACUUCUUUGUCAUUGAAGGCCAGGGCCGCACACUCGAGGAGAUCGACACUAUGUACCUUGAGCACGUCAGCCCUAUGAAGAGUUCCAAGUGGCAGCCACCUCCUCCCGAGGAAAUGUCCAGAAUCCGCAAGCAGGCUGGUACCGACCUUGAGGCAACGGCUGCUGUGAGUGAGGAUGACACGCUGCAGAGGAACUCGGGCUUUACGAACGAAGACGGCCAUGCCACUCGUGCGGCCAAGAAGGAAGAGCUCCCAGGAGCAAGUCACAAGGAGGGUAUGUAA